CUGAGUCACUUAUGCACAGACCGACAACAGCAUAGCGGUGAUAUAGCCACCCUGGCGCACCCCAGUUGUCAAACUGAAAAUACAUUAGUUUGAAUUCGUGUUCAGUUAUUCCUUCUGUUGAGGUUAUAUUUCUUACUUUCCGUUUGCUUGGUGAAACAACCAUGAUCCAUCCUUGGAAAUAUAUUCUGUGUUUUAUAGUACCUGUCACAUUCGCAUAUAAUGGAAUUACUGUGAAUGGCAAUUGUUCAAGAACUCGACCCCCCGAACAGUUUUUAGUGUGGGGAAAACCGGGAUUGACUUUGGACUGCAUACUAUGGGGAACAGAACGUUGUAUUGGCAGCAUCCCACCACAUCUCGAGGGUAACCACCCAGCCUCAACUGCCUCUUCCUUGUCAGUGAAUGGGAAACUUAUUGCCGACCCCAACCAGAACAGCAGUCCUCAGAUCAUCAUAGAAUGGGAAUGGGAAGACACUGGAAGUGGUCGUCUUAAGGGAUUUCUCGUACAUGUACUGACAUAUAACCUCAAGGACGACAGUUCCAAUACAGUCUGUAGGAUAUUUGAUUUUUCUGGUAUCACUUUCAAUGCCAGUGGUCAUAAGCUGAAGUUUCAGAAGAAACUGGUUGGGUUCUCUGGCGGUUCACAUCUGCUGUAUCAGCUCCAUCUAUCGUCUCUCCCACAUCACUCACCAGAUGUCAGACUGACCAAGUUCUUCACACUGCAGCCAGUUCAAAGCGGAACAGAGAUACCUGCAAGUAACUGGAUACCUUUUAUAUCCUAUGAUGAAAUACUGUUUACUGCACCUGCUACUAUCGAGGCCAGAUUCAGCCUAGCACCCUCUAGAUAUGGCUUCAGACAAUACACAGUGAUGCUGGCGUUCAAGAAUGACAGUCUUAAUGCCGUAGCUACUUGCCAUUUAUCUGUCAAUUCCAGCUACCAUUGCCAACAUAGGGAAUUUGAUCCCCCUUCCCAGAAUGAGACCACAUUCCUAGCUUCCUUCAGAGAUAUUGCAGCUGGGGAAUACGUCAUCCAUAUACAACCUGUGGACCCCUAUAGGCAGGAUGACGCCAGGUGUUUGUGCCAUACCGGUGCUAAUGAUGUGAGACAAUGUCAGUCGUGUCUUGAUACAUCCUCUGCUGUGUUCACUGUCGUUGCCAAUACAGACAUCGCCAACACGACGUCGUCACCACGGGCAAACACCACUACUCAAAUAGCCUCCAAUACAGAUCUCACAUCUACCACCACCUCAUCCGUGUCUACCACGACAGCGACACCAGCAACCAAUGUCAAAAAUGCGACAUCAACAUCCACAACGUCAUCCCUGGCACCUACGGUUACCGCAAAAGUAUCGGUUGCGGAAUACCCAAAUACCACACUUCGACCUGCCACUUCUGCACAAGUACCUGUCAUGAUUUCAAAUGGAGAAAUUGCUGUCCAGGGAAACUGUUCAAGAGAUUUCCCCCCUGAACCGCUUGCAGUAUGGGGUAAACCGAGAAAGCCUUUGGUCUGCACCAUGUGGAAUACUGAGCGAUGCAACGACAGUCUUCCCUCCCACCUAGAAGGCAACGACACAGCAACAGCUCCAACGUCGCUGUCAGUGGACGGAGUGUUUAUUAGAGACCCACAAAACAACAGUUGUCCUCAGAUUAUCAUAACAUGGUCAACAGCGAAUAACGACUCACGGAUUGACAACCUGAAAGGGUUUCUUCUUGAAAUUCGGAAGUACGACAGAAUGAACAACAUCACUUCCUCUCUGUGCAGAAUAUUGGAUUUUUCUUCCACAAGGUUCAGUGCAAGCGAUGACAAGUUGAAGUUCCAGAAGAAACUGGUUGGGUUCCCUGGCGGUUCACAUCUGCUGUAUCAGCUCCAUCUAACGUCUCUCCCACAUCACUCACCAGAUGUCAGACUGACCAAGUUCUUCACACUGCAGCCUGUUCAAAAGGGAACAGUUAUACCUGCAAGUAACUGGACGCCGUUUAUAUCCUACGAUGAGGUGAACUUCACCGCACCUGCAACUAUUGAGGCCAGGUUCAGUCUAGCACCUUCUAGAUACGGCUUUAGUGAAUACAUAGUGAUGCUGGUGCUUACGGGUGACAGUCUUAACGCUAUUGCUACUUGCCGCGUGUUGACCACAUCACAUUACAAAUGCCAGGACAGGGAAUUGCAACCUCCUUCACAAAACGAUACCACGGUUCUUGCUUCAUUCAGCAACAUUUCGACCGGAGAAUAUACUAUCCAUAUACAACCAGUAGAUCCUUAUAGCAUGGAUGACAGUAAGUGCCUGUGUUACGCUUCUGUUGCUAAUGGUAACAGGGUGUGCCAGGGGUGUCUCGACACAGUUACUUCUACAUUUACUGUUGUCCCAGGUGCAGACAUCACCAAUACGACCAUCAUCCCUGUGUCUCCCCCUGCUGCACUAGACCGCAUUGGAGACAUAGUGGCCUCUGUACUCGGUGUUGUCAUAGGGGUUAUAGUAGCGGGCAUAGUGGCUGUUUUUCGGAUAAAUCGUUAUAUAAAAGUUCGAAGUGGGAAACGAUUCCUGGAACAGUGGCAGAAGAGAAAUAAUAACCAAGGAAUAAAGGUUAUCCUACUGAAUACUGAAGAUCAUCAGUACCAUACAAAAGUGGUGUCCGAGUUGGCACUGUUCCUACACAAUUCUUGUGGAUGCUACGUAUCUUACCUACCAUGGGAGAAGGGGAAAAUUGAGCCGGAAGAUGCUGGAGAAUGGGUACUUCAUCACAUGGAUGUCGCAGACUUCAUCAUUGUUGUUAAUUCCCGAAUUGCAUUUGAAACAUAUGAGGCAAGAAGCCGAGACACCAUUGGGCAUACUGCAUUCAACACAGCCAUAUCUCACAUGCAAGCCAAAAAAUCAGAUGAUGCAUAUUUUCAGCGCUUUUUGUUUAUUCACUUUGCUUAUACAGAGGAACAGUUCUUCAUUAAGGAUAUUAAUCCUGCAGUGGAGUAUCAAGUGCCGGAAGAAUUACCUGGCCUUCUAAAUCAUAUCCACGGCAUACAGGGCGGAGAAGAGGCUGAAAAUAACAUUCAUGGCACUCUGGAAAAUAUAUUUGAAAUCAAAGGACUUCAAGAGCUUAUUAUGAAGUCAAGGAAAUAUCAAAUAGCUAACCCACAAUGGUUCGCUUCAGAAGCGAUCCAAGUAGCGGCAUGUGCAGAGUCAGGUGACGACUUCUGUUCUGUGUCCGAGCCUGACAGGAAUCUUUCACGCAGUUUCAACAAUCCCGACCCUCAUCAAACCGCACGUUGGGAAGUUGUUCAAAGUCACCAAUAUCCCUUCGAUCAACGUUAUCGUGCGCCGCCAUUAGAGUCAAACAUAGAAAACUUACGUCCAACUAUUAAUCCUACGUAUGACAGUUCUAUUUCUGACGAAGCCGGUAAUAUUGUUUUGAAAGAUUUCGACUUUUUUCCCGUAAGUGUAAAUGAUGAAAGCGACAUUCUGCUCCCAAGGGAUGCUACAAGAGACAUUGCUACGAGCCAGUUGGAGAAUGGGCAUGCCGUUCUCACUGCCGAUGGCUUAGGGCAAAUAAACCCGACUGUGGACAGAUACAGAUCUCCUGAAUUUGGUGCUGAAGCUUCAAGGAAACUUGGAAGCAGCAUUCUGCCGCCAAGUGAUAUUGCUAGUGACAUAGCGACAAGCCAACUGGAGAAUGAGCUUGCCGUUCUCACCUUGCAUAGCUUAGGACAAAUGAACCCUUCUUUUGACGGAUAUGCGUCUGUUGAAUUUGGUGCUAAAUCUUCAAAGGUAAAUGGAAGCAGCAUUCUGGCCCCAAGUGAAGUGGCCAGUGACACAGCGACAAUCCAACUGGACAACGAGCUUGCCGUUCUCACCUUACACAGCUUAGGGCCGAUGGGUCCUACUUUGGACGGAUAUACGUCUGGUGAAUUUGGUGCUAAAUCUUCAAAGGUAAAUGGAAGCAGUAUUCUGGCGCCAAGUGAAGUGGCCAGUGACACAGCGACAAUCCAACUGGAAAAUGAGCUUGCCAUUCUCACCUUACACAGCUUAGGGCAGAUGGGUCCUACUUUGGACGGAUAUACGUCUGGUGAAUUUGGUGCUAGUUCUUCAAGGGUAAAUGGAAGCAGCAUUCUGCCGCCAAGUGAAGUGGCCAGUGACACAGCGACAAUCCAACUGGAAAAUGAGCUUGCCGUUCUCGCCUUGCAUAGCUUAGAACAAAUGAACCCUUCUUUUGACGGAUAUACGUCUGGUGAAUUUGGUGCUAAAUCUUCAAAGGUAAAUGGAAGCAGCAUUCUGGCGCCAAGUGAAGUGGCCAGUGACACAGCGACAAUCCAACUGGAAAACGAGCUUGCCGUUCUCACCUUACACAGCUUAGGGCCGAUGGGUCCUACUUUGGACGGAUAUACGUCUGGUGAAUUUGGUGCUAAAUCUUCAAAGGUAAAUGGAAGCAGCAUUCUGGCGCCAAGUGAAGUGGCCAGUGACACAGCGACAAUCCAACUGGAAAAUGAGCUUGCCAUUCUCACCUUACACAGCUUAGGGCAGAUGGGUCCUACUUUGGACGGAUAUACGUCUGGUGAAUUUGGUGCUAGUUCUUCAAGGGUAAAUGGAAGCAGCAUUCUGCCGCCAAGUGAAGUGGCCAGUGACACAGCGACAAUCCAGCUGGAGAAUGUGCUUGCUAAUAUCACCAUGAAUAGUUUGGGGAAUAUCAAUUCGACUGCCAUUGAUUUUUCCUGUGCAUCAGUGUAUCACCAAGCUGCCUCCAAGUGAUGCGGCAACAAACACGUUAGAGGAAAGUGUUGGUCGUAUAACUCAUCAAAAUUAUGAAGAUACAAAUCGUGCUCGUGACGAAGAUCUGACUGGUGAAUAUUUAUCUGUUUUAUUUGUAAACACAUACAUUAACAAUACUGGACGCACACCUGACACGUGUAAUGGAAACACGGAUUACAAGACCGUAUGUUGAUAAAGAAUGGUAUAUGUUACAAAUACAAUUAGGCGAACCCUUUUUUAGAUCAGUGGUGUUAAUCCCAUCCUUAAUUUCAUCAUAAAUGUCACCUGGCCCAUGAAGAUCCGGGUGGGAACUGGUCUUCAGCAACCCAUGCUUGUCGUAAGAGGCGUCUAACGGGAACGGGUGGUAAGGUUCGCUGAUGUGGUUGAUGCAUGUAAUCCCAAUUGAAUGGAUCGAUUUCAUGAUAUUCAUCACGUGAUUGUUUUGACCAAACCAGUUAUUUACAGACUUCCGUCAUAUCGCUGGAAUAUUGCUGAGUGCGGCGUUAAACUAUAAACAGACGAACAAACUUAAAUGUCAUCUGUGAAUUGUCAAAACAUAAUACGACUUUUUGAUGAUUCUGUGGUGUGUACCUGAGGUUUUCCCCCAUGAGGAACUGUGGUUGACCUGAUGGGUAAAGCGUUCGCAUAUGACGCCGUAGGAUCUGUUUGAUUCCCGGGUGGAUGUUCUCCGUCGUGACCGUAUGUUUCUUUAGAAGGGUUAACCAUCGAUCUACAUGAACAACAAAUUACUUUUCCACACAAACCAAGUACGCUCGAAAGCCACGCCACUAAUUUUCUUUUUCUUCCAAAUUGUUGUCAAUGUUUACUGUGAUAAAGUAGUUAUUUCAACAUACCUUAUAAAAAAUUAAAACAAACAUAUGAAUUAUUUCAUUUGAAACUCAUUUGUUUAGAACGUGGCCUGUCUUUGCAAACCUAAACAACCUAAUCUUCACACUUCAAAUAUUCAAAUAGACGAAAUUAGUUUCAAUGUGUAUGCUUCAACAAGAAGACACUCUAUUUUAAAUGCAAUACAUCGUUAUGGAUGUCUUUCAAUUUGAAUACAUAUGGAUAUGUGUACUUCACAUGCUCCUCUUACAUAAUAGCCUAGUCCUAGUGUCACCCGCGGUAAUAUUGCAUGAAUAUUUCUAAAAGCGACGUAAAAUCAAACUCACUCACUCACUCACUCCUUCAUAGGACGCUUUUUACAUACGAGGCUCGUCAUGCUGUUAUGUUGCUUAUUCAUAACUCGAGUACGGGGGCACGGGUGGCUGUGCAGAGUUGCGUCCC